UAACAUUAAAAUAUCUUGUCAUUGCUUAUCCCUUUCCAUGGGGUCAUGGGGUGUUGCUGCUGGAGCCAAUCCCAGCCUUGUCUCAGGGCGAGGGCAGGGUACUUGGACAAGUCGCCAGCUCAUCACAGGGCCUUACUGAUGAGCACUGUGGGGACCUUUUGAUCACUAGUCGACCGGCUCUGCCCGCUGAGCUACAGCCGCCCCAUUAAAAUAUCUUAUUACAUGAAAUGUUUUAUAACAGUAAGUUAUCACAUUUCAACAAGAAGUGUUUGCUGUUAUAAUGUGAUCAGUUUGUAUCUCAUAAUAUGAAAAUGUCUGUUUAUCAUGUAAAGAGCUGUUAUCAUUUUAAAUAUUCUUGGAACAUUUUACUGUUUUUAUUAUGUUCAAUAAAUUGUAUUUCAAAAUGAAUGAAAAUGUAUCUUGCUGCAUUUUAUUACUCUCUAUCAGUCAUUUUAAUGUCUACAAUAAAUAUUGAUUUCUGAAUGCUCAUAUAAGAGUGACAGAAGUUGUGUGAACAGGUCUGAUAGCAGCUUCAGUCGAGGAAAAAGCAGAAAAUAUCAGUAAACUGGAUUAUAGCUCCCAAACUUUUAUUACAAGCGUCAACAUUUAAACUUUAACAUCCAUCUCACCAGGACGGAUUAAAUCCCUCAUCACUAACAUCUCCUGUGAUAAACACACAGGUCCUGAUGAGGGAAACACUUUGAAAACCAAAAUAUGACAGAAUAUUAUAGUGAUUAUUUAAGGGAGCUGUCUGUCUGAGUGUGUUUAUUUCUCCUCAUUAAUCUGCUGCAUGUUGUUUGUGGAUCUGAUGGAGACACAUAAGAACACAACCACAUGCAUCUGUUAUCACUCAUCUAAACAUAUGAAUAUAUACAGUCAGUGUACUUAAAGGAUGUGAUCCCAUGACAGCAUCCACACACCAGUCACUGAUCCACUAACUGGUUUCAGCUUGGACCAGUCUGAACUGGUUUCACAGACUUGUUUGCUGCUCAAAGCGAUUCUGUUUUGCCUCGUAAAUAACUAUUCUAACAUUACCGUCCAACGUGCUGAAGCGCACAAACCUUAAAAAGAAUCGGAGAGGGAAGAGAAGAAACGGCAGGAUGAAAAAGAGUAAGAGAAGCAGCGAUACCAGGUCGAGGAGGAGGAAAAGUGGGGAGCUCGGUCACUUCCGCACCAUGUGAGCUACCGGGGCUGAAGCUAAUUUGCUCCCGAUUGGACCCCGCAUCCUCCGGGACAGAGCAGCAGCAGCAGCCCGGCACAGCGAGGCUCUGAUCACAGGAGGAAGUGAGAUUGAUCGGUACAGAGCGAGACAGAGGCCUGGAGGAGGCAGCAGCUGCUCGGGGCGUUCAGCGGAGCCUCUCAGCGGCUGAAGGCGCAGACAGUCCCCGACAGAGAGCGCGGACCUGCCGCCAGCAUGACUGCAGACGUGGCGGUGUCUCUGGUGCUGCUCGCGGGGAUCGUCGCGCUGAGCGACGCGACCCGCAGGUUGCUGACCAGGGCCCUCGCGGACACCAGGCUCUCCGUGUACGCGGUGGAGCUCGUGUCCACCUUCCAGCUGUGCUGCUGCACGCACGAGCUCAGGCUGCUGUCCGAGGUGGGCGGGAUCGAGCCUCGACUCGCGCUCACCUUAACGUACCUGGCAGCCGUGAUCCAUGGGCUCACCUUCAGCGGGGCCAUCGGCAACCCCUCCGGUGCGCUGGAGCACGCGUACCACGCGAGGCUUUCGGGCUGGUGCGCCCUGCGGCGGAUCGCGUGCCAGUUCGCUGCGGCCGCCGCCGCGCGAGCCGCUGUACCUGUGAUCUGGGGUUUGGGUUUGUCGGGACUGCACGCGCGCCAUAAGCUCCUCGGUUACCGGUGCGUCAGCCCCAUUCACGCGCCACUGACCAAGGCCGCCGCAGUGGAGCUCGCGUGCGCCUUUGCGGUUCAGACUGCUAUCACGCACACGCGAUCGGUGGAGGAGAAAUACCGCGUGCACGCGGUGGCUGCAGCGAUCGCAACAGUGGUGUACGCAGGUGGCAGUGUGACAGGAGCAGUGUUCAACCCGGCGCUGGCCUUCUCCACACAGUUCCCCUGCAGUGGACACUCCUUCCUGGAGUACUGCCUGGUCUACUGGCUGGGCCCUCUGCUGGGUACGAUGGGCUCAGUGCUGCUGUUUGACAAACUCGUCCCUCUGCUGUGGAGAAAAUCACCGUCUCUCCAGCUCCCCCUGGAGACCAAGAAGAGUGCAUGAGGAGGAGGCAUCACCAGGCGACACAUGUGGAAGUCCUGAGGGACUUUUAAAGGGACAGUUCACCUUAAAAUCAAAAAAGCUAAUUUUUCCUCAUACUUGUGGUGCUAAGUAUCCAUCUAGAUUGUUUUGGUGUGAUGACAGUCGGCCUUCUCUUGGCUUGUUGAGCUCAAACCACCACGAGAAUUAAAUGUUUUGAAUUGGGGUGAACUGUUCCUUUAACCUGCUGCUGAGUCCAGUCAUCAGACGCUGGCAGGAGAAGACAAACGCUGACAUGCACUUUUUAUGUUCAGCCUGACACAAACGGACUGUGAGUUCACCUCAAGAGCACACGUCAGAAGAGAAAACUCAAGACUGUAGUUUAGUUGAUUUUUUUUAGAGCUCAUUAACAGAACAUAAAAAUGUAGUUUUGACUUUACGAGCAGGUUGGUCGAACGCUAAAAAUCAUUCCUUUAACUUCAGUUUACACUCAUCUGAUUUAAAACCUUUAGAAACCUCAACACUCUUUUUUUUUGAGCUGGUAUCACUUUUAUGACUGUGAAAAUAUCAAAUAUCUGUCACUGGAAUAUCAACAGUUGUGUCUUAUUUUGUGUGUGCAUGAUGUUCAGAUUACAGCAUGACAUGAAAUCAUAACUGAUUUUUAAGACACAUUUAACGUUUAUUCAGUUGUUUCUGGGAAUUCGAGCACAGUUACUGUAGCUGCACUAAUUUAAACUGAGCACAGUUUUUGUUUUUGUGUGAUAAAACCAUUUGAUAAGCUAAUUCACUAAUUAAUCAGCUCGCAUUUCUCUUCCAACAACAUUCCAGAGUCGAGCACAGAAUCAGACUUGUACUGUACACAGAUGUAACUGUGACUUCUCAGUGAACUGGACGCAGAUUAAACUGUGUGAUCACCGAUUCUGAAAUAAGA